UAGCCGCAUUAAUUGUAUAUGUUCUAUGUAUAUUAGGUAGAAUUGUUGGGGGUUGUGGAUUAAUACAGUAUUGUUGCUGAGGACUAUUGUUAAAAGAAAGAUAGAUGGGCUGUCUAUGUUGAUUUUGUGUUAUUUCUGAAGUAAACUGUUCAACAAGCGGAAAAUUAGAAGGAAGUUGAGAUGUAUGUUGAAAAUGUCGACGGUGUAGAUAUUGUGAAUGAGUUGGAAGAUCGGGUGUCUCUACUACCUCUUGUUGUCCUUUAUCAUUAAAAGGGUUUUGUUGACUUCUCGAUAUAUAUUGUUUAAUUUUCUUUUGCUGUUUUGUUAUAUCAGAACUUCCAGAAAAACAACAAUUAUUCGAAUUAAUAAGAUGGGGAAAUAG